UAUAUGAUUUAAAAUGCUUUUAUUAUCGUGGCAUUUCGGUAUGUGUAUAUACAGUUGAAGUUGGAAGAUUACAUACACUUAGGUUGGAGUCAUUAAAACUGUUUUUUUCAACCACUCCACAAAUGUCUUGUUAACAAACUAUAGUUUUGGCAAGUCGGUUAGGACAUCUACAUUGUGCAGGGCACAAGUAAUUUUUCCAACAAUUGUUUACAAAAAGAUUAUUUCUCAAAAAAUUCACCGCAUCACAAUUCCAGUGUGUCAGAAGUUUACAUACACUAAGUUGACUGUGCCUUUAAACAGCUUGGAAAAUUCCAGAAAAUGGUGUCAUGGCUUUAGAAGCUUCUGAGAGACUAAUUGACAUAAUUUGAGUCAAUUGGAGAUGUACCUGUGGAUGUAUUUCAAGGCCUACCUUCAAACUCAGUGCCUUUUGCUUGACAUCAUGGGAAAAUGAAAAGAAAUCAGCCAAGACCUCAGAAAAGAAAUUGUGUAACAGUAUAACUUUAAACCGUCCCCUCGCCCCGACACGGGCGCGAACCAGGGACCCUCUGCACACAUCGACAACAGUCACCCACGAAGCAGCGUUACCCAUCGCUCCACAAAAGCCACGGCCCUUGCAAAGCAAGGGGCAACACUACUUAAGUCUCAGAGCAAGUGACGUAACUGAUUGAAAUGCUACUAGCGCGUACCCGCUAACUAGCUAGCCAUUUCACAUCCGUUACAAUUGCACACCUCCACAAGUCUGGUUCAUCCUUGGGAGCAAUUUACAAACGCCUGAAGGUACAAUGUUAAUCUGUACAAACAAUAGUACGCAAGUAUAAACACCAUGGGACCACGCAGCCGUCAUACCGCUCAGAGAUUAACAUACUUUGAUGCGAAAAGUGCAAAUCAAUCCCAGAACAACAGCAAAGGACAUUGUGAAGAUGCUGGAGGAAACGGGUACAAAAGUGUGUGUUAUAAUCAGUAAAAUGCUCAGCAAGGAAGAAGCCACUGCUCCAAAAGCGCCAUAAAAAAAGCCAGACUAUGGUUUGCAACUGCACAUGGGGACACAGAUUGUACUUUUUGGAGAAAUGUCCUCUGGUCUGAUGAAACAAAAAUAGAACGGUUUGGCCAUAAUGACUAUCGUUAUGUUUGGAGGAAAAAGGGGGAGGCUUGCAAGCCGAAGAACACCAUCCCAUCCGUGAAGCACGGGGGUGGCAGCAUCAUGUUGUGGGGGUGCUUUGCUGCAGGAGUGACUGCAGGAGGCAUGUCACAAAAUAGAUGGCACCAGGAAGGAAAAUGAUGUGGAUAUAUUGAAGCAACACCUCAAGACAUCAGCCAGGAAGUUAAAGCUUGGUCGCAAAUGGGUCUUCCAAUUGGACAAUGACCCCAAGCAUACUUGCAAGCAAAGUUGUGGCAAAUGCCUUAAGGACAAUAAAGUCAAGGUAUUGGAGUUGCCAUCACAAAGCCCUGCCCUCAAUCCUAUAGAAAAUUUGUGGGCAGACCUGAAAAAAGUGUGUGCCUGACUGAGUUACACCAGCUCUGUCAGGUGGAAUGGGCCAAAAUUCACCCAACUUAUUGUGGGAAGCUUGUGGAAGGCUACCCAAAACGUUUGACUCAAGUUAAACAAUUUAAGGCAAUGCUACCAAAAACACUCAUAGUAUGUAAACUUCUGACCCAGUGGGAAUGUGAUGAUAGAAAUAAAUCACUCUCUACUAUUAUUCUGGCAUUUCACAUUCUUAAAAUAAAGUGGUGAUCCUAACUGACCUAAAACAGGGAAUUUUUACUUGGAUUAAAUGUAUUUGGCUAAGGUGUAUGUAAACUUCCGACUUCAACUGUGUGUGUGUGUGUGUGUGUGUAUAUAAACACAGCAAAAAAAGAAACGACCCCUUUUCAGGACCCUGUCUUUCAAAGAUAAUUCGUAAAAAUCCAAUAACUUCACAGAUCUUAAUUGUAAAGGGUUUAAACACUGUUUCUCAUGCUUGUUCAAUGUACCAUAAACAAUUAAUGAACAUGCACCUGUGAAACGGUCGUUAAGACACUAAUAGCUUACAGAAGGUAGGCAAUUAAGGUCACAGUUAUGAAAACUUAGGACACUAACGAGGCCUUUUUACUGACUCUGAAAAACACCAAAAGAAAGAUACCCAGGGUCCCUGCUCAUCUGUGUGAACGUGCCUUAGGCAUGCUGCAAGGAGGCAUGAGGACUGCACAUGUGGCCAGGGCAAUAAAUUGCAACGGCUGUACUGUGAAACGCCUAAGACAGCACUACAGGGAGACAGGACGGACAGCUGAGCGUCCUCGUAGUGGCAGACCACGUGUAACAACACCUGCACAGGAUAGGUACAUCCGAACAUCACACCUGCGGGACAGGUACAGGAUGGCAACAACUGCCUGAGUUACACCAGGAACGCACAAUCCCUCCAUCAGUGCUCAGACUGUCCGCAAUAGGUUGAGAGAGGCUGGACUGAGGGCUUGUAGGCCUGUUGUAAGGCAGGUCUUCACCAGACAUCACCGGCACAAACCAACCGACGCUGGAUCAGACAGGACUAGCAAAAAGUGCUCUUCACUAACGAGUCGCAGUUUUGUCUCACCAGGGGUGAUGGUCGGAUUCGCGUUUAUCAUCGAAGGAAUGAGCGUUACACCGAGGCCUGUACUCUGGAGCGGGAUCGAGGUGGAGUGUCCGUCAUCGUCUGUGGCGGUGUGUCCCAGCAUCAUCGGACUGAGCUUGUUGUAAUUGCAGCCCAUCUCAACGCUGUGCGUUACAGGGAAGACGACAUCCUCCCUUAUGUGAUUUCCUUCCUGCAGGCUCAUCUCCAGCAUGACAAUGCCACCAGCCAUACUGCUCGUUCUGUGCCUGAUUUCCUGCAAGUGAGGAAUGUCAGUGUUCUGCCAUGGCCAGCGACGAGCCCGGAUCUCAAUCUCAUUGAGCACAUCUGGGACCUGUUGGAUCGGAGGGUGAGGGCUACUGCCAUUCCACCUCAGAAAUGUCCGGGAACUUGCAGGUGCCUUGGUGGAAGAGUGGGGUAACAUCUCACAGCAAGAACUGGCAAAUCUGGUGCAGUCCAUGAGGAGGAUAUGCACUGCAGUACUUAAUGCAGCUGUUGGCCACACCAGAUACUGUUACUUUUGAUUUUUACCCCCCCCCCCCCCCCCUUUGUUCAGGGACACAUUAUUCAAUUUCUGUUGGUCACGUGUCUGUGGAACUUGUUCAGUUUGUCUCAGUUGUAAAUAUUUGUAUGAACAUAAGAUUAAACAUGUUAAGUUUUUUGAAAAUAACCGCCGUUGACAGUGAGAGGAUGUUUCUUUUUUUUGCUGUGUGUUUGUCUCAAACAUGACAAACAAACGCCAACCGGUAACCUCUGACCCUCCAAGCAUCACCAUGGGGAAAGCCCUCUCCCUCCUGCCCAAGCAGGCAUGCCGCGAAGACUCCCAGGGCAGCCUGACCACCACCCAGGAGGAUGAUGGGAAGAGAGAGGAUGUGUCCCAGUUCCCCUACGUAGAGUUCACAGGCCGGGACAGCGUCACAUGUCCCAGCUGCCAGGGCACUGGGAGGAUACCUAGAGGCCAGGAGAACCAGCUUGUAGCAUUGAUCCCAUACAGUGACCAGAGACUCAGGCCCAGGAGAACAAAACUCUAUGUGAUGUCCUCGGUGGUUGUGUGUCUGAUGCUGUCCAGCCUGGCUGUCUUCUUCCUGUUCCCUCGUACCAUAGACGUCUCCUACGUGGGCGUCAAGUCGAUCUUCGUCACCUAUGACGAGGACAAGAGGAUUGUCUAUCUCAACGUGACGAACACUCUGAACAUCACCAAUAACAACUACUACAGUGUAGAGGUGUCCAACGUCACAGCCCAGGUCCAGUUCUCCAAGACGGUGAUCGGGAAGUCCCGCAUCAAUAACAUCACUGCUAUCAGUCCUCUGGGCAUGGAGCAGGUUGACUACAUGGUUCCCACCAUUCUAGCAGAUGAGAUGAGCUACAUGUAUGAUUACUGCAGCCUGCAGACCAUAAAGGUGCACAACAUCGUUGUCAUGAUGCAGGUGACGGUGACGACGAUGUACUUUGGCCACAUGGAGCAGGUCACGCAGGAGAUGUACCAGUAUGUAGACUGUGGAGGUAACACCACCACUCUGAGGGGUGCCCAGCCCAAGGUGUCUAAUGCCCCAAUACCCCCAGAGUAACCCCUUUGCCCUACCUGACCUGACCAGGAGAAGGUCCUUGGAAGCUAGUCUUACAUCAGAGAUCUGGCAGAACUACUGGUUGUUUAGGCUUCUCUAACACGGCUGGUCAGUUGAAGGUAUGUUCGAACAGGGAUACGCGUUUGCACCCAGUAGCUCUCCAGGAGGAGAGUUGGCCACCCCAGCCGCAGAUGGAUUACUGUGUUUCUCCCUCCACCACCCGUCUACCAAUGAAGACCCCACUGUAGAUGUCAUGUAUUUCUGUGUUCGCUUACCAUUGUGUUGGGAGUAUAUGCCAGGUGUGCAGUGGAAGGGGAAAAUGUGUCUACUGACAAAAAUAAUUGUUUUUAAUGUCUAAAAAAACACCAUAAUGUUUCAGUACCAAACCAUUAUGCACUUUAUUAAUGCAUUUAACAUUCAACUUCUCAUUGUGUUAAUGGGAAAUGUUAUGAAGCCACUCCACACUCCUCCAAACCACUUGUAGAUGUCUGAACUAAUAAUCCUGUCUAUGGAUGAGGAUAACCUCAGUUCUCUCAGUAAUCUGGUCUCAAAUCUGUAUCUCUAUGAUAGUCGAAGGAGUUGAACCAACCGAUCUGGGACCAGUCAACUAUUCUCAAAGUCAGACCUCACGUAACACAUUAAUAAUGUGUAUUAUUAUGACAGGUGAAUCUAGUGUAUUAUUUAAUUCUGCUGAGAAGUCAGAGGCACAGUGAGCCAAGUCUGAAAUGACACCUAUGACUAUAGAACACACUACUAGGACUCUAGCUAAAGCUAGUGCGCUAUAUAGGGUUCUCAAACUAACCUCUGGACCUCGAAGCCAGUUCCACUGCGUUUUGUUCCCGUCUAAUCUGGGACUGAUUUUAGACCUGGAAUACCAGGUGUGUGCAAUUUAAUUAUCAGGUAGAACAGGUAAAACUAGCAGGCUCCGGACCUCGUAGAGAGAGUUGAAUACCCCUGGUAUAGGGGAUAGGGUGCUGUUUGGUGUGAAGCCAGAAUGUGGCAUUUCUCAUAUGUAUAAGCUUGUAAUGACCGGGCUCUCCUCUAGAGGGCUCUCUGUACAAUCUGGAUUUGGACCAGUUGUUUACUAAUAUUACCCUCUGUUGGGUGAUCCAACUGUGUUAAUGUGUGAUCCAUUGAUUGAAUUGAAAGGCUUAUGUCCCUAAAAUGGAGUCAUUUGAAAGAAAUUAAGAUAUUAAAAGUUCCUUCUACCACUCUGUUCCCAAUUGGUACAAUAACAAGAUUGAUUGAUAGUGAUUCAUUAUCAGAAUUUGACCUCUUCCUUCCGAGUUCGUGCCUACGAGGGACUCGCAUAAUGUUUUGUGAUACCAACCUACUGCUGACUUGAAUUCGACCAACUUAGUUUUUACAUGCAUAAAGAGGAUAACCUGCAAGGGACUUUGUACGUUUUUGAUAAAUGACUUCCCUGCAUAUCAAACUCAGUUGAAGAGUUUAGAACUACCUAGAUUUAAUACCACAUUUGUAAUAUGAUUCCUUCCGACAUUACGGAAAACCUUUUUGAAAUGUACAACUCAAAUAAACUACCCUCUGUCAUAGAAAUAUACCUUGAAUUUCUUUAGGAAUUCUCAUAACGGCAAACUACUAGGUAUCUAAUUAACAGUUUCCUAGCUUAUCGUAGAGCACAACAUUUAACAUGUUUACAGUCAUUUGUUCCUAAUAAAUGAAUCUUGUAUGGAAGAGUGGAUCAGCUUUUGAAUGAAUGUUAGGAUUGAGUGAAGACUUGCAGUACUACUGACACGUCAACUAGAAGAGUGGUUUAUCUCUAACUUGUUCUUUCCUAAUGUCUACUUCUGCUGUGGGGUACUGACAUUUUAUUUUGAUUAACGGUAUUUGACUAAAUGUAAAUACAAGCAUUUUUUUAAUGUAGUUGAUGUGUUUUUAUUGUUUGCUUUUCAUCAUGAUACAUUCAAAAUGGUUGAGCACGAUUUGUCCUACCUAGUUUUAUUGUGUGGUUACCCUUUCUGAAAGUGUGAAUAAAGUUUUCGACAUCUCA